AUGUUUCUUGUAGAGGGCACUUUGUUUCGAGUAUCAAUUUCUUUUGGUGGUUUUGCGUUACAUUUUUUUUUGUCGCCUGUUAGUUUGUUUGUGUAUGCGGCUAUUCGCUGUUUCGUUUUACUUCAGAAGGGUACUGUACUGACGCAUUUGGCAAAUUCAUUUGCAAUAUUAUUAUUAUUUUUUUUAAAGGAGAAAAGAAGGGAAGGUGCGAGGAGCUGGUGGCCCAGAACACUAGUUGAAUCUCCCACUCCUUGUUUGUUUCUUUUCUCCUUCGGAUUUCUUCUUCCUUCAAGCGCACUCGCUGAACGUGUUUUUCAUCGCGGGACUUUCAUGGUUUUUUCCCCUGCCCUACUGGGACGAUUCAUCCAACGCGCUCGGUAUGUUCUUCCUCCCUUUUCACGUUGUUUGGUGGAUUCAGCUAUCCGUUUGCAUCUCUUUUAA